GCACCAGUGGGGCGAGGAGGGAGACUCUGAGCUCACUGCAGUACUUUAGCUGUUGUGUGUUUAAGGAGGAUUCUUCGGAUCCAUACACUCGUCGGGUCAAUAAAUUCCACCACUGCUGGGCUGCAGGAGGAGUCAGCUGACCGAGGAGGAGGAGGUGAAAGAAGACAGAGAGAUGAGGAGGAAGUAGGAGAGGAGGGUCCACAAGGCUGUUCAAGCAGCAGGAAAAGGGGGCCGGACUUCUCUGACAAUAUGUUUCUGAGCUGUAAGGACUUUGGUAACUUUGACCCGUGGACUCUGAGCUCAGGCUGCAGCGUUUAGGACAAGCUGCUACUUUAAUCUGAGCCGGUGGAAAGCAUGCAGACUGAAGACGGGAGGAUGUUUGAGAGGAGGAGGACAGGGGAGUCGGGGGUGAAGAACAGCGGGGCAGAGGGGGGGGAGGCUGGGAAGGAGUCGCUGAUGAUGGAGCUGACGAAGCUGGUGCAGAAAACGGUGAAAGAAAGCAGCUGGUGGGAGAGGAGGGGGGUGGACUGUAGUAUCCUGGCUGCAGCGUUCCUCAGUCUGACACCAGCCUUCCUGCUGCUCGGCUCCUCUCAGCUCCUGUGGUUUUCAGCGGGGGGGCUCCUCAUGGGAAUGGCCCACGGCGUCAUCACCUUCAAAGGGACGCACCUGGCCAGUCACGGGGCUCUGACCGAGUCUCAGGCCUGGGGGAAGUUCUGGUCCGUCUUCUUCAUCGAGGUCUGUGGUUCAUUCUCAGCGCGAGCCGGAGUCCAGGGUCACAUCAAGAUGCACCACGCUCACACCAACGUCAUCGGCCUCGGAGACUCCAGCAUCUGGAAGGCUCCUUUCCUGCCUCGCACUGUCUACCUGUUCAUCGCCCCCCUGGCCGUCCCCAUCAUCACACCACUGGUUGCAUUCGCCCAGCUCAGAGGAGACUCCUUGGUCCAGGCGGUGAGGACGGUCCUGAUGGUGACGCUGGGCCUCUACUCUCAGUACUGGCUGCUCAUCAACGUGUCCGGGUUCAGGUCGCCCUGCAGCGCCUUGAUCUGUAUGCUGGUGUGCAGGGCCAUGUUUUCUGUGCCCUACAUCCACGUCAACAUCUUCCAGCACAUUGGUCUUCCAAUGUUUUCACCAACUCAUCGACCCAAGAGGAUUUACCAGAUGACCCACGGCGUCCUGAACCUGCCCCGGAACCCUCUGCUGGACUGGAUGUUCGGACACUCUCUGAUCAACUGCCACGUGGAGCACCACCUCUUCCCCUUCCUGUCGGACAACAUGUGUCUGAAGGUGAAGCCCAUCGUGUCCAAGUAUCUGAGUGAAAAGCAGCUUCCCUACCAGGAGGACGGCUACCUGUCCCGCCUCCAGCUCUUCUUCCACAAAUACCAGGAACUGAUGGUGUUUGCUCCUCCCAUCACAGACCUGGUGGGGAUUCAGUGAUGGAGGGGGGGCAAGAGAAAAACUGUUUAGACCAAAACCUCCGUCCACCGGACUUUGAAUCAAUAAUUAAUAUCAUCAGCUGACACGAACUUUGAUAAAUAUCCAACACUAACAGAUGGUUCAGCACAAACACCAGGACGUGAUUGGUCCCAUUUAACACAAUAAUAAUGAUAAACAAGCUGAAGGCAGUAUUUUAUAAAUGUAUUUUAUUUUUAUUCAGAUUUUGGGUCCAGUGAGUGACUCUCUUCUUAGUAGCAGCAUAAAAAAUACUGAGACCAGACAAUAAGAAAUAAAAACAGCAUAAAUACUAAAGGGAGCUCUGCUAGAGAAAUAGAUUUAAUUUAUUGUAUUUUAUUUUUUAUUCUAUUUAAUCACAUAAAUCUUUGGUUACUUUUGUUUCUUUGAUUAAUUUCUUACCUCUGUAGCUGCAGGACACGAAGACAUGGACGUGUCUUUAAGUGGGUGUGGAAUCUUUUUAUUUUCUUUCUCUGAGAAUAAACGUUAAUUUGAUUUUAAUGUA